CAGAACGAAGUGUGUUGUGCGGUGCGAAUCCAAGGCGGACCAGUGACUCAGUGCUCAGAAGCCGGUGAAAGUGGCUAACUUUUUAGAAGAACCUUUAAGCUUGCUAACCAACUGCAUUGGUUGGUGACCAACUUGAAAGCGUGUGGAGUUCUUGUAGCGCAUGCGCGAUUGACACAGGUAUAAAAUAAAAAGAGACGUCCGUAAGUUUCUUUGCGCAGAGAGGUCGGCUGUUCUGAGUUAAUUUCUGACCAGGAUGGCAAGAUCAACUGUCUGGUUGUGCUUCCUUCUCUUUGGAUUAUCCGUGGCGUCGAACUUGCGACAGAAGCGCCAGGAAGACGAGACCGAGUCGGAUGAGCAGUCGGUGGACGAACUGUGCCUAAACCGACCACCCGACGAGUACUUCCGACUUAGUACAGAAGGAGACUGCAGGGAUGUCGUAAGGUGUGACCAGGCUGGGGAGAACGGAAUUACUCGCCUUGCAUCCGUCAGAUGUCCUAACGGCUUAGCUUUUGAUAUUGAGCGUCAAACUUGUGAUUGGAAAACCAAUGUUAAAAACUGUGAUAGAGUAGAAAAGCCCAGGAAGGUGAUGCCUAUCUUCAAGACGGACGAACCUGUAUGUCCCGAUGGCAAACUGUCGUGUGGCAACGGCGAGUGCAUCGACAAGGAGCUCUUCUGCAACGACAAGUUUGAGUGCAAGGACCAGUCCGACGAGAAUGCCUGUACCGUGGAGACAGAUCCUAACAGGGCUCCCGACUGUGACACAAACCAGUGUAUCCUCCCUGACUGCUUCUGCUCUGCUGACGGAACAAGAAUUCCUGGAGCCAUUGAGCCAAACCAGGUACCUCAGAUGAUCACUAUAACCUUCAACGGAGCUGUUAACGUCGAUAAUAUUGACCUAUACGAGGACAUUUUCAACGGCUUGAGACAGAACCCGAACGGCUGUCAGAUACGCGGCACAUUCUUCGCGUCGCACAAGUACACCAACUACUCGGCAGUACAAGACCUGCACAGACGAGGGCAUGAAAUCGGCGUGUUCUCUCUGACGCACAAGGACGACCCGAACUACUGGUCCGGUGGCACGUACGACGACUGGCUGGCCGAGAUGGCAGGGGGUAGGCUUAUCAUCGAGCGCUUCGCCAAUAUCACUGACGGUUCAAUCAUCGGUAUGAGGGCGCCUUACUUGCGCGUGGGCGGCAACAAGCAGUUCGAAAUGAUGGCUGAUCAAUUCUUCGUCUAUGACGCGUCCAUCACAGCGCCUCUGGGGCGAGUUCCCAUCUGGCCGUACACCCUGUACUUCCGAAUGCCUCACAAGUGCAAUGGAAAUGCCCACAACUGCCCCAGCAGAAGCCACCCAGUUUGGGAAAUGGUGAUGAACGAACUGGAUCGUCGCGAUGACCCCACGUUCGACGAAUCCCUGCCCGGUUGUCACAUGGUGGACUCUUGCUCCAACAUCCAGACUGGAGAUCAGUUCGCCCGACUUCUCCGUCACAAUUUCAACCGACACUUCAACUCAAACCGUGCGCCACUUGGCCUUCACUUCCAUGCCUCCUGGCUCAAAAGCAAGAAAGAGUUCAAGGACGAACUCAUCCGCUUCAUCGAGGAGAUGCUGGAUCGUAACGACGUCUAUUUCGUGACUAUGCUUCAGGUUAUCCAGUGGAUGCAGAAUCCCACCGAACUGACGUCACUACGAGAUUUCCAGGAAUGGAAAGAAAAAUGCGAUGUAAAGGGUCAGCCCUAUUGUUCUCUGCCCAACGCUUGCCCCUUGACAACUCGUGAGCUACCUGGCGAGACCUUGCGUCUGUUCACCUGCAUGGAAUGCCCGAACAACUACCCCUGGAUUCUUGAUCCUACCGGUGAUGGCUUCUCUGCCAAAUAAAGUGAUGAUUACUACAAAACAAAAGUAAUCUAUCGAUUUGAAAACACUGUUAAACGACUAAGUAAUCCACGUGUAGUGGUUAUGGAGAAGUUUAAUUCUUGGGGGAUGUUAAGCAAAGGAGAAUAAUGCUAUGAAAUAAUGAUUCUCCCACCAUUAAGGUGACUGCGCAGAACUCAGGUCAACUUUAAACAACCGAAGAACAGUCUAUUUUCGAUCAGCAAGUGUGGGUCUCUCCAAGUACGAGCAAUUCUAAAUUGAAAUGUUCUGUCUGUAAAAUGUAAAAUCGAAGGACAAAUAUUCUGUUAAUAGAAACGUCUGACCUACAAAAACAUGUCAUGGGAAAAACCGUUUACGGAAGCGAACAGCUGCUGAUUCCAACACCACUGUCACAGUGAUGUGAAAGUGAGAGGAAUGUUUACGGUGAUGGUCCAAACAAGGUGUUCUGUGCACUAAACACAAGGCCAUCCAUCAACUAGAGAAAAUUACUGCGCAGUGGAUGCACAGGACAGUCUAUCCUUCUAGUCUUUGCACUACGUCUCAUUAUCAAUUCCUGUUCUUGCACUGAGCACGACAAACGAGAGAACAAAAGUACCCGGGCGGGCUAGCGAGAGUGCGAACUGUCAGUAACGCUGUUAGCUAUGAAACUACUUUCUCGUCACACAUCAUUUUAAUGCAUGGCAUUUAUAGGUUUAGAGAGAAAGUUAAGAAGACAGAACAACUGACUAGAGAAACAUUUUCAAUUUCCAGUCCUAGAUAUUUCCUUUUGCAGCUUUCGUUGAACCAUGACUAAUACAUAGUAAGCCUAAAUUAAUUAUUGUACUUGUGUGUGAAAAAAUAAAUCAUUCAUGUACAUAUA